CCCAACCGUACAGUUUCCCACCGUCCUCAAAGUUCCAUUAUUCCCUCGGCCAAUUGAAUUUGAAGUCUUCAUAUUCUCUGAAACACGCCCACAAUUCCCCAAUAGCAAUCGCACAACACAGAAAUGGGGUUCAUCCUGGGAUUGUUCAUCGGCAUUGUCUUCGGAAUUGGGUUGAUCAUGGCAUUUGUUCGGGGCGAGAGCAGACGAUCUAAACGUCGUUCUGAUUUGGCCAAGACUAUUGCAGCGCUUGCAAGGAUGACGGUGCAAGAUUCGAGAAAGCUUCUUCCACCUCAGUUUUAUCCAUCUUGGGUUGUUUUCACGCAGCAACAGAAGUUGACUUGGCUCAACCAACAUCUUGAUAAGAUCUGGCCAUUUGUUAACGAAGCAGCAUCGGAGCUGAUAAAAAGCAAUGUCGAACCAAUACUUGAACAAUAUACUCCGGCUGUCUUGGAUUCUCUCAAAUUCUCCACACUGACCCUUGGCACUGUAGCUCCACAAUUUACAGGAAUUUCCCUUGUUGAAAGUGAAUGUGGACCUGGGGGAAUCACCAUUGAGUUUGAGAUACAAUGGGAUGGUGAUCCAGAUAUUGUACUUGAUAUCAAUACCAGAGUUGGUCUUGCACUACCUGUAGAGGUGAAAGAUAUUGGAUUCACUGGGGUUUUUAGGGUAAUGUUGAAACCACUAAUUGACCAGUUUCCUUGUUUUGGAGCUAUUGCAUAUUCCUUAAGAGAAAAGAAAAAACUGGACUUCGUGUUCAAAGUCUCCGGUAGUGAGAUAUCAUCAAUCCCAGGAAUUUCCGAGGCUCUUGAGGAAACAAUACGGGAUGCUAUUGAAGAUUGUAUUACCUGGCCAGUUCGUAACAUUAUACCCAUUAUACCUGGUGAUUACAGUGACUUGGAAUUGAAGCCUGUUGGAACAUUAGAAGUGAAGCUUGUGGAAGCCAAGGAGUUGACAAAUAAGGACAUUUUAGGAAAAUCGGAUCCUUUUGCUGUGAUGUUCAUACGUCCACUUCCUGACAGAACAAAAACAAGCAAAGUGAUUGACAACGAUUUAAACCCAAUUUGGAAUGAGCACUUUGAGUUCAUGGUUGAAGAUGAUUCAACUCAACGCUUGACAGUAAGAAUUUUCGAUGAUGAAGGACUUCAGGCUGCAGAAUUCAUUGGCUGUUGUUGUAUUCCAUUGAGUACACUCCAGCCUGGUAAAGUGAAGGAUGUAUGGUUAAAACUUUUGAAGGAUUUGGACAUCCAGAGAGAUACUAGGUACCGGGGUCAGGUGCACUUGGAGCUGUUAUACUGCCCUUUUGGUACAGAUGGGAACAUUGUAAACCCGUUCGAUCACGACUUCUCCUUGACCUCUUUGGAAAAGGCUCUGAAGAUUGAAACUAAUCUAACAAAAGCAGACUUGAGACAAAUGGCCUCUAAGAAGAAGAAGGAAAUGUUUAUAAGAGGUGUAUUAUCUGUAACAGUUAUAUCUGCAGAAGACCUACCAAUAGUAGAUUUUAUGGGGAAGGCUGAUCCGUUUGUUGUCCUUCUUAUGAAGAAAUCUGAAGCAAAGCAAAAGACCAGGGUCAUAACGAACAACUUGAACCCAGUUUGGAAUCAGACAUUCGACUUCAUGGUGGAGGAUGCAUUACACGAAAUGUUAAUCAUCGAAGUUUGGGACCAUGACACUUUUGGGAAGGACAGAAUAGGAAGAGUGAUCAUGACACUCACCAGGGUCUUAAUGGAAGGAGAAUAUCAGGAUUGUUUUCCCAUAGACAUUGCCAAAUCUGGAAGGAUAACUAUGAGUCUCAAAUGGGUUGCGCAGCAUAAAGUCCGUGAUACUUCUUGAUCAAAGACGAUGUAAACAAUGUGUGCUUUUGCAGUUUUGUUAGAGUUGAAGUUCAGAUUUCUUUGCAUGACAGGUAAAGGAAAUUCAUUCAUUCUUUGCACAUAAUAGAUGUUACUCAUCUACCAAAGCAAAUAGAAAUCUUACUCCAGUCAGAUGUAGUUUUUUCCCAUAUGUUCUUUUAUCUUGGAUGUACUCUCUACCUUCUGUGUUUUUCAGAGGGUUCUAAUGAAUUUCCUUAUGAUA